ACAUUAUAAACGUUUUACGAGAGCAAUAUUGUUUUGCGGAUUACGUGAGAUAUAUAUAAUUAACUAGAUUAAUUAUUGUAAAAAAUUUCACGUUAAAAUAAAAUAACAAUCAUAUUCGUUUAUGUCUUAUACAUCUCAUCAUUUAUACCUAUCCAUUCAAAAAGAUAAAUUUAUUACUGGAUGAUUUGUUACAUCUCAAAGUUAUAAAAGGUUAUUUUACUAGGUAAUAUUGUUAGUUUAUAAAUAUCUUAUUGCAAUGGAUGAUCAAGCUUGUCCAAGAUGCAAAACUACAAAAUAUCGAAAUCCAUCAUUAAAAAUGAUGGUAAAUGUUUGUGGACAUACCUUAUGCGAGAACUGUGUAGAUCUAUUAUUUUUAAAAGGUUCUGGAUCCUGCCCAGAAUGUCACAUUCCACUACGCAGAACUAAUUUUCGAGUUCAAAUGUUUGAAGAUCCUAUGGUAGAGAAAGAAGUAAAUAUCAGAAAGAAAAUACUUAGGGAUUUUAACAAAAAGGAAGAAGAUUUUGCUACAUUACGCGAAUACAAUGAUUAUUUAGAAGAAGUGGAAAACAUAAUAUAUAAUUUAGCCAAUGAUAUUGAUGUAGUUGAAACAAAUAAAAAAAUUGAUCAAUAUAAAAAAGAUAACAAGGAUCAAAUAAAUAAGAGCAAAUCUAAACUUGGUAGAAAAGAAUAUGAAUUAGAAGAACUAUUAGAAUUAGAAAAGCAGCAAGAAGAAGAAAGACGGCUAGAGCUUGCUAGAGAAGAAAUGGAAGCAAAGAAAAAGAAAAUCAGAGAUAAAGAAGCUUUAAUAGAUGAACUUACAUUCUCUGAAGGCAAUGCAAAAAGUAUUGUUGAUACGUUUGCAUCAGCAAUACAGAAUUCCAAGAAAGAAGCAAAGACUGCUUCUCCAAAAGCUACUCAAUUUAGUACAGGAAUCAAGUUUGGAAAACAAGGAACACAAAACUACUUACAAAUUCCAAAAGUAGAAGAAGGACCAAUGUUUACAUAUAUUCCUCUUAGGCAGCAAACAGAAGGUCCAGUUGUUCCUACUUGGCGUGAAAUUCAAACUCGAGGAUACAUAUCACAUGUUCGUGCAGAAACAAAAGCAGAAAGAGCAGGAGGAUUUAAAGCACAUGUUGCAUGUUUAAGAGCAUUACAAGAAGCUAUGGCUAGUUUAUAUCACAAUCCUUCACAACAUACAACAGAGUUUACAACAGUUUGAUUCUAAGUAUUAUUGUAACAUUUUGUGAUAUUUUCUUUUUACGUGAUACAUGCAAAACCAUAAUCCAAAGUCUAUGAUUGACUCCCAACUGUAGAACAUUAUUAAAGAUAAACGUACAAAUACAUUUAAACUAUGUGCCAAAAGCUGUAAGUGCCUCUGUUCCAUAGGUAUUGCCUUUAUACUAACUGCUAUAGUUAACAAAUGAUAUCAAUAAUUUUAAAGAACAUAAGUGUUUGCUAUCUCAUUAUUUUCUUUUCAAUAUAUGUAAAUGUUUGUCUCAGUAAGUUAAUGUAGCUAUAGUUAUAUAGUUAUAAGUAUUUAAAAAAAAAUUAAUCUAUGUAUAUAUUGUGUUCAUUGAAUUUUGAUAUAGGAGAAAAAAUAGUCCAAUAAAUUAUUGUAAUUUAGAAACUAAUCUAUUAAAAGGAAGAAAUAAUAUAUUUUAUAUUAUAAAAUUAUUAUAUCAUUAAAUUAUCUCUCUGAGAAAGGAUGGAAACAUGAUGUCAUCAGAGAUAUAUUUUGUGUGUAUACAUUUGAAUCAAUCCCCUUGAAUAUGGUAAUACAAAAAAUGUUAGAAAUAAAAGUUAAAUGAUUUCAAGGGAAACAUAAUGUGAUGCAUAGAGGACAUAUAAAGAUUAACUGUUUCUUAUAUGUUUUUGAUUGUAUUAGUCAAUGCAGUUUGUCAUUUUUUAUAAAAAUUUAUUAACCUAUGUUAAUAUAGAAAAAGUCCAAAAUAUAGAAAUUAGUUCGGAAAGAUUUUAAUUUAAAUAUUACUCUCUGUAAGAAAUCAUCAUUCUCCUAUGAAAACUAAAUUAGUACUACUUUUACUAGAUUUUAGUAAAUACCAUAAGCAGAUUUUUCAUUUAUACAUGAUAAACAUACUUUGAAAAAUUAAAAUAUUUAUGUAUAAAACAUGUACUAAAUUAUUCUUCUUCUAAAUGUGAUUAAAAUAGUGGUAUGUAAAUAGUUUACCUUAAAUAAAUAGACUUAAUACCAUAUACACUUAAUGUAGAAAAAUUAUAGUGUGUGCAGAAUUGUAGUAUAAUUUACAAACAAUUAACUAUUACAUAAUAACAAUAUAUAAUAAUCGAGAUCUUGUAACUAUUUAAACAAUAAUGUGUAUCUAUUUAAACUUUAUAUGGCUCCUAAACCACGCGAAUAUAAAAUAAUUUUAGUGUAAAAUUUUAUUUGCAAAGUUAAAAUUCGUAGAAACAGAAUAGCGAUGUAAAAAAUAUUACAAAAUAGGUAUUGGUUUUCGAACAACUUCAAUAAUUGACAAGUCAUUUUGAUAUUCGAUUUCAAUGAAUCUAUAUUCUAUUGAUAACGUAAAUAGAACAGAAAUAGCUUGUAAAAGGUUAAGACAAGAUAUAUUUCGUUUCUAUAUAUUUUGUUUCUAUUAAAAGUAAACUCUUCGUUCAGUGAUCUUUAGCGGUCAACAAAACUUCAACGUACAUCGUAUACAUUAUUGGCAUUGUCAGGCUCUGUUAUCCGAAAGUUUUUAUAUAUACUGCAAAUAUCUGGUUAUACUUAUCUAUGUUGUAUAUAUGGAAGUUGUUAAAACGGUUUGCUAAUUACGAA